GGGUUUUUGAGCUUUCGUCUCCGUUUUCUGAAGGCAACUCUGCUAAUUUCUUCCACCGGACGAUUCGAUUAAAAUGGUGAAAGGACGCCAAGGAGAACGUGUCAGACUCUAUGUCAGGGGAACCAUACUUGGCUACAAAAGGUCGAAGUCAAACCAGUACCCAAACACGUCCUUAGUCCAAGUCGAAGGAGUGAACACCACUGAGGAAGUGUCAUGGUACAAAGGUAAACGGAUGGCUUACAUCUACAAAGCUAAGACCAAGAAGAACGGUAGUCACUACCGAUGCAUUUGGGGCAAAGUCACAAGGCCUCACGGUAACAGUGGCGUUGUUCGAGCCAAAUUCACAUCAAACUUGCCUCCUAAAUCAAUGGGAUCUCGAGUUCGAGUGUUUAUGUAUCCGAUCCUAGUCUGCUACGUUUGUCUUUUCCCCUUUUCAUCGUCUUCAUCGUCAUCUGAUUUUUCUGGCAUAUCUCUUCCAUCUUCGUCGCCGAAUGUCUCGGUGGGGCUGUACUACGAAUCUCUCUGUCCGUACUGCUCCUCCUUCAUAGUUAACCACCUCGCGAAGCUCUUUGAAGACGAUCUAAUAUCAAUCGUCGAUCUCCAUCUGUCUCCGUGGGGCAAUACCAAGCUCCGUCCCGAUAACGUCACUGCCGUUUGCCAGCAUGGGGCAUUUGAAUGCUUCUUGGAUACCGUAGAAGCUUGUGCAAUUGAUACUUGGCCUAAAGUGAGCGAUCAUUUCCCGUUCAUAUACUGUGUCGAGAAGUUGGUGACUGAACACAAGUACGAUAAGUGGGAGACUUGUUAUGAGAAGCUCAAUCUCAACUCGAAACCUGUUGCCGAUUGUCUCAGCACUGGACAUGGGAAUGAGCUUGCUUUGCACUAUGCUGCAGAAACAAAUGCUCUUCAGCCUCCUCAUCAGUACGUGCCCUGGGUAGUCGUAGAUGGUCAGCCACUUUAUGAGGACUAUGAAAACUUCAUAAGCUACAUCUGCAAGGCUUACAAAGGUAAUAAAGUACCUGGCGCAUGUGCCAAAUAUGCAACCGGCAACUUCAUUCGUAGUGUCAAAUUGAAACGCUCCCCUCUGGUAAGCCGGAAAGGAGUCAAUAAGAUGUGGGAUGUGUUGGAACGUAUCAAAAUCUCCUUAUCGUCAUACAUCGAAAUCACCCGCCUGCUAUGAACACUUCCUGUAUCUUUUACCUAUGUAACAAACACCCUAAAAAGCUAUCUAGAUUCUGAAAUGUGAUGAAUAUGUAUAAUUUAUAUGUAUCAGAAUGUAUGUCUGUUGUGUUGUGAGGACUCAGAGACCUUUGAAGAAUCACAUUAGUCUUAAAUAUUUGUGUUAUUAUUACUAGACUAGUUGGAGGAAAAAAUGCAGUACUUGGGUUGGGUAAAAACGAUUUCUGUUAUUGUUUUGACUGAACUCGGUUUAGACAGAUUUUGUUUUUCUUAUUUUUCGGUUAAGUUGUAGACUGUAAUAGAACCAAAAUUGUCUCCUCUGUUUCACCUUUAGCAUUGGCUUUGAUUUAAUACAAUUUUCUUUAAAUU